AGGCUGACAAUUGGAAACAUUAGCCAAACACAAACUACACAAGUACACAAACAUUAACAUAAAUACACCAGCAAAAUAGGAGUAAUUGAGAAGCAAAAUGUCUUGCAUCCUUCAUUCCUCAAUCUCAGUAUUGGGUUUUAGCAGAUAUUCUAAGCAUUAUUUGUUGAAGAAAUCACCCAACUUUCAUUCUUGCUCUUUCUCUUCUUCGUCCAAUUCUCAAGACUCAGAAGAUGAUGAAUUUUUCUCUGAUGGGGAUCAAAGUUCAUCUUCUCUGAUUUUGGUGGAGAGAUACAGCAAUGGCGCUUCCAAGAGGUAUAUUCUGGAUGGAGAGUCAAGUAAGCAAACACUGCUUGAGCAAUACAAUACUGUAAAUGAUAAGCUGCACAAUCCAGAUUUUGUUACCAACUUGAACUGGCUUCCUGAUAGCAUUAAAGAUUUCAUUUUGCCUGCUGGAUUUCCAGAAUCAGUAUCCGAUGAUUAUUUGGAUUAUAUGUUAUGGCAGUUCCCUACCAAUGUCACUGGAUGGAUGUGUAAUGCCUUGGUUACAUCAAGCUUACUUAAGGCAUUUGGUGUCGGUUCUUUCUCAGGAAGUGCGGCUGCGGCAUCUGCUGCUGCAAUAAGAUGGGUGUCAAAGGAUGGCAUUGGAGCUGUUGGCCGACUAAUCAUUGGUGGACGGUUUGGAAAUCUGUUUGAUGAUGACCCAAAACAAUGGCGAAUGUAUGCCGACUUCAUUGGCAGUGCUGGAAGCAUUUUUGAUAUUACCACUCAGCUGUAUCCGGCAUAUUUCCUGCCACUUGCGUCUCUUGGAAAUCUUGCUAAGGCUGUUGCUAGAGGCCUAAAAGAUCCUUCAUUCCGGGUGAUUCAGAAUCAUUUUGCAAUGGUAGGAAACCUUGGAGAUGUAUCAGCUAAGGAGGAAGUAUGGGAAGUUGGUGCUCAAUUUAUUGGGCUGGCUUUAGGUAUAUUCAUUCUGGAUACACCGGGCCUGGUGAAAUCAUAUCCUGCUUUGUUAUCCACAUGGAUGAGCAUACGCCUUUUUCACCUUUGGCUACGUUAUCAAUCUCUAUCAGUCCUGCAAUUCAAAACGAUAAAUCUCAAACGUGCUCGUAUUUUGGCGAAAGCGCACGUGUUGCAUUCCAGAGCUCUUGGAUGCAUUGAUUGCAAUAGAGAAGAAAACAUUUUAGUGUGGCAGAGGUUCCUAAGACCGCGAAUGAUCUUUGGUGUUCCUUUUAGUGAGGUGAUUGCUGUUGAGAAGUCGUCUUCCAUGGUGAAGAUCUUGAAACUUUACACUAAGGAGAAAUAUGUGCUUACAGUACAUAAUUGGCAAACGAGAGAUUUCGAGGUUUUAGUCUCUUUCAAGGUGCUACAAGUUUGUCAGUCUUGCAAAGUGUAUGGCAGGCUUACUGGCUCCAUGAACAUUGGGAUCAUUCUGUUGACGUUAUUAAAGCAUUGGAGGAAAGCUUGAUAAAUUUGGAGCAAAGAUUUGACAGUUUCAUGGAGUUGCUCGAGGAGGCCGGAUGGAAUACACAGAAACUUAAUCUAAAUGUACCCAAAGAACCGUUCAUUGAGUUCGAUGACGACUUGAACAGUUAAUUGUAGUGAGAGUUGAAGCAAACUAUAGUUCAAUUCUUCACCGGAGACCCUUAGACAGCGGCUAUGCCAACAACUUAGAUGGUGGAGCGUUGAUGACAAGGGAAGCUACGAAGUUUAUGAAACGAUAUGAAUUGGAAAUGGAAUCGUCAUCAGGUACUUCUGAAACGACCCCUUCACCCCAAGUCUAAGCUAUAGAGAACAUAGAAGGGAGACAACAAUCGAUGAAUGCUCGUCGUGUUUCUGUAUCUUAGAGAUUGGAUCUUGUGUUUUUCACUCAAAUUUGAACAAUAGGCUUUUUGUCAUCAAAAUCCCUGUAUGACUUUACAUAUGCAAAGAAUAUCUAAAAUUUUGCCAUUGAAUGUUCA